CGUCUGCAAACAAACCCGUGAGUGUCAACCAGAGGCUUCUCACCCACUCUCUGUCUCCGUCUCUCAUGGAGACCUGAGGUGCUCAUUAUUUCCCCUCGUGACACGAGCGCUAUGAGUCUGGGAGAAGAGCUGUAUUACAAAGCGCAGAAGAUGGACGUGGAGGAAGACUUCUACUCGUAUGAGUUCAGUAACGACGAAGGUCUGCCGGGGUUUAAGGACAGCGAGGAGCUGUUCGCGGCGCUUCGGCGGAAGGAGGACGAGGUUCUUCUGGCAGCUCAGGUCGGAAACGCUCUGCUGCUGGAGAACAGACAGCUGAAGGAGGAGAGAGACGGGCUCCACGAGAAAUACACGCAGCAGCUCGAGGAGCUGGAGCAGGGCAGGUACGACCUGCGGGUCAAGCUGGAGGACUGCCAGGCGCAGUGGGAGAGUCAGGUGUCCGAGCUGGAGCGGGACGUGCAGGAGCUGCAGGCGAGGGUCCAGACGCUGAACCAGAGUCUGAGCGAGGCCGAGAGAGACAACGGCAGACUGAAGCAUGAGCACAGCGAGCAGAGCCACAGACUCCGAGACCAGCUGCAGAGGGGAAUGGAAGUGGAGCGAGCCAUGACCAGCGAGCUUCAAAGACUGAAACAGGAAAUGAGAGAAAGAGGGCAAUCCAGACCCCAGGACGAAGAAAUCAUCAACGCUCUCAGAGAACAGGUAGCACGGCUUACGCAGCGGGAGCAAACACUGGAGCAGCGCUUGAAGAUGACUUGUCACGAGAAUGAGGAACUAAAAGACACUAUGUCCACACUACACGCUCGCCUGGAUCUACAAGAACAACAGAGUCACACACACAUACAACAGCUGGCCGAGGCCUGGCGGGAGGUGGACGGGGUUCGUUCCCGGGCUCAGGAGCUGCAGUCUCAGGUCGAGGAGCUGCAGGAGGAGGCGGCUCUGCAGGACAAGAGUCACAACGACUCGUCUUUACUGUCUGAGCUGGAAAACAAUCUGGACACUGCAGAUUGGAGCCUGGACAAAGAACAGGUCUGUCGGGAGCUGAACUACAUCCUGGAGCUGCUGCAGCCCGUGGCCUACAGAUCAGAGGCUGAGCAGGACUCGGAUGACAGCCUGCAGGGCAUGCUGGGACAACUCAAACACGCAGCACAGUGGAUAGCACACAGUGACACACUACAGGAGAAGAGGAAGUCCAUUGUGGGAUCUGGGAGCGAUCCGUGUGAGAAUGCCGUCCGGAUACAGGAGCUGCGUUUUCAGAACGAGCGCCUCGUAGCGGAAAACGGCGAGCUGAAGCUGCGAGCUGAGAGACUCGUGGAGCAGGAAGUAGUUCAGCAGGCCAUAAAGGACCGCGAUGAUGCCAUCACUAAGUAAGCGGCGAUGGAAGCGGAGCUGCUGAGGACUAAACACGAUAUGAUGUGUUUGAACAACCAACUCCUGGAAGCCAUUCAGCGCAAGCUACAGCUGUCACAGGAACUGGAGGCCUGGCAGGACGAUAUCCAGGUUAUCAUCAACCAGCAGCUGAGGAGCCAGCAGCAGACAGAACAGCUCCAGAAGAGACCAGCGGGGCGUCUUUCCUUCCUGCGUAGGUCCAGACGGCCGUCCGCGAUAUCAGAGAUCAGCCCCGAGCAGAACCAGACGCCCUGGAGAGACUGGCUCAAACGCAGCAAAUAAGGACAAGAACAAACUGAUUCAAUUAGAAAUGAAAGCUGUAAUUACGAUAUCUCCUGUUGCCUCUGGAGCGAAAUAUGUUCUGGAUAGGUUUCUUGAGAUUCGGUCGCGUCAUGUGACUGUAAAUAAUCGAAAGCUGGAAUCAUGCUGGUCAUGAUCUCGUCGAUUUUAAUGCCGUUUAACAUGAUAACGUUAUGUAAUAACUUUAAUAGAACAAAACAUUUAGCUGGAAUGAGCAUGAAGGGACGUCUCCGGAUGGUGCUUAAGAGUUGAUAACUGAUUCGGUUCAUAUGAAGGGCUCACACUAAUGCAGGUUUAUUCUGCAAGUUUUGUAUGUAAUUUAUAUCUCUGUCAAUGUGACAUUUGUACAAUUAAAUAUUUUAUGUAAA